AUGGCGAUAAAUUUAUACAAAACUUCAACCCCGAGCACACGCAAUGGAACCGUAGACAGUCAAGUGAAAUCCAAUCCACGAAAUAAUUUGAUCUAUGGACAGCAUCAAUGUGGUAAAGGUCGUGACGCCAAAGGAAUCAUUACCACAGGGCAUAGAGGGGGAGGUCAUAAAUAUGGUAGAAUCAUAACCAUAGAAUACGACCUGAAUCAAAAGGCAUACAUUUGUCUCAUACACUAUAGGGAUGGUGAGAAGAGAUAUAUUUUGCAUCUCAAGGGGGCUAUAAUUGGAGAUACCAUUGUUUCUGGUACAGAAGUUCCUAUAAACAUGGGAAAUACCCUACCUUUGAGUGUGGUUUGA